AUGAAAUCUCUCAACGCCUUCUGCGACAACGCCUUCCGGACCCGGUCCGACCUGGUCGCCGCGGGCUUGGCUCUCGUGGCCCCAUUGGAGCAGUACCGUUCCCCCGGCAAGGCGCGCAUCAUGCUCGCCACAGCCAACGGCGCGGCCUUUAGCGAGGAGGCGGCGCAGCUCGAGGGCUUCGCGAGGCCGCUCUGGCUGAUCGGCUCUCUGCACUCGGCGGCCUCGGUGCGGUCUGGCACGCUUGAGGCGUUCUCGGCCGAGGUGGCGCUGCGGACCGAGACGUGGAUCACGGGCCUGCGGAACGGCGUGGACCCGAGCUCGCCCGAGUACUGGGGCGAUCUGCAUGACCUGGACCAGCGCAUGGUGGAGAUGGAGUCGAUCGCGUACACGCUGCUCUUCGCGCCCGAGACCUUUGGCUUUGCCGACGACGAGGUGGCGCGGGGAAACCUGGUGCGGUGGCUGCUGCAGAUCAACUCGAAGGAGGUGCACCAGAACAACUGGCGGUGGUUCCGGAUCUUUGUGAACCUGGCCCUGACGCGGGUCCUCGGCGUGCCGCUGGAGCGGGUCCGGGCCGUCAUGGACGCCGACUUCGCCAUGCUCGACUCGUUCUACCUCGGCGACGGGUGGAACAGCGACGGGCCGUGGGACGAGGAGAGGAGGCAGGUCGACUACUACUCGGGCAGCUUUGCCAUCCAGUUUGCGCAGCUUCUCUACGUGAAGCUGGCGCCGGACUUUGAUCCUGCGAGGACGGAGCGGUACAGGGCGCAGGCUGCUGAUUUCGCGGCUGCGUACUGGAGAUAUUUUGAUACCAAUGGCGCUUCAAUACCCUUUGGACGGAGUCUGACGUAUAGAUUCGCCAUGGGUGCGUUCUGGGCUGCUGCCGGGUUAGCAGAGGUGAAGUUGCCCGCGCCGAUGGACAGGCCUGGCGCAGUCAAGGGCAUGUUGAUGCGGCACCUUCGGUGGUGGGCCCAGAAGCGGGACAUGUUUAACAUUGACGGAUCGUUGAGCAUUGGGUUUGCCUAUCACACUAUGAACUCGGCGGAGGACUACAACUCUCCGCAGUCAGUCUACUGGUGCCUCAAAUCGAUGGUCAUCGUCGCGGCAGCAGAAGACGCACCCUUCUGGAGCAGCGAUGAGAUUGCUCAUCCUCUCAAGCAGACGCCCCCGCAAUCCUCUAUCCCUAUCCUCCUCAAACACCCCAGACAGAUACUCUGCAGCACCCCCGAGCACCACUUCCUACUAUCGCUAGGACAGACUGCCAAGAGGAUCCACAGGGCGGGCCAGGCCAAGUACAACAAGUUCUCGUACUCGUCGGCGUUCACUUUCAACGUGGCGGCGGGCGAGUUUCUCAGCCAGCUCGGCGUCGACAACACGCUGGGGCUCAGUUGGGAUGGUGGCGAGACAUGGAGGGCCUUCCAGCAACCGACAGAGCUCGCCUCAGGGUCUGCCAGGUUGGGCGAAGAGACAGUGCCGACGCUGUGCGGCACUUGGAGGCCGGAUAUCCUGCUUGACCUCACGAUUCGCACAACCCUGAUCCCACCUGUGCGCAGGUUUCCCGGGUGGCAUUUCAGAGUGCACGAAGUGCGCUUUUCCCGACCGCAGCAGCAGAUUCCUGCGUUCCACCAACUACGGUUUGUCGAUGGGGGUUUCCCGGUUGCGGUCGAGACUUUGCGGGGGACGACAGUCUAUGAGCUGCCCAAAGGACCGGCCACGGCAUUUACAGAGCAAGGGUGGGGAGAAGAGGUUUCCGCCGCCCUUGUGACUACUCGAUCUGGUUCCAGCGGUGUGCUAGACCUCACCGAAGACUUUUUGAGGGUGGUGCAGGGCAAGCCUCAGAAUGCGGAUGUGAAGAGCAAUGGCACAAUCGUGAGGCAGCAUGCCAACACCAACCUCGUUGAGCAGCGAACGGUCGUUCCAUGUAUGCAGCACAUCGUCAGUGUCCCGGAGUGGACUGGGUCAAGAGAAGAGCCCAGGACGUACGUCUUUGUCACGGGCGUAUUCGGCAUUCCGGCGGCUGUCGAGGAUAGUCGGGUUGCGAAUGCUCCUGAGCUUUGGCAGACGAAGCCUACACUAGAGGAUCUACAGUUUGAGCGAACCCUGCUGCAGCUCGCUGGAGCUAGGCAGCCCGGUUUCAGCAUCCACGAUGACAUCCUAGCAUACCCCCAGUUUGAAGUAGUCUUCUCCGAGUCCUACAUAUCCGAGAGCGACGCGCAAUCCCUCCUCGAGCGCGCCACCGAGCCGCACGCGACCUACGCGGCCGACGUCUCGCAGACGGACCUCACGAGCCAGAUCCGCGAGUCCACGACGGCCGACGGCCAUGUGACUGGGGGCGGCGGCGGCGACAGCGGCGCACCGGGCAACUACGGCGACGCGGCGGGCGACGGCAGCGCGCAGGUCUCGGAGACGUACCAGGUGAUGAACGUGCCGCCCUCGAAAUACCUGUGCACGAUCCCCGUGCUGGCCCCCCCGAGCCCGCCGAACCAGACGGCGACGGAGCUGGCGCGGGCGGAGGAGGCGCGCGAGCUGAGCCGGGCGUCGGCGCGCGGGUGGGAGCUCAUGACGGGCCUCGAGGGCGAGUGCCUGUACUACACUUCGGGGUGGUGGAGCUACAGCUUCUGCUACGGCAGGGAGGUGGUGCAGUUCCACGCGCUGCCGAGCCCGAUCCGGGGCGCGGUGCCGGUGCGGGACCCGCACACGCUCGACUACGUGCUCGGCCGGACCGGGCGGCCGCACUCGCAGCCGGCCCACCGCGAGGGGUCGGCCGAGUACAACCAGGACUUACAACAGCAGCAGCAGCAGCAGCAGCAGCAGCAGCAGCAGCAGCAGCAGCAGAGGAGGCCGGCGGGCGCGGCGGCGGCGGCGCCGCCCCACACAGAGUUACAGGUCAAGGGCGACCAGAGGUACCUGGUGCAGCGGCUGGGGGAGGGCACGGUGUGCGACCUGACGGGUAGGGACCGGACGAUCGAGAUCCAGUACCACUGCAACCCGGGGGCGGCGGGCGACCGGAUCGGCUGGAUCAAGGAGGUCACGACGUGCACGUACCUCAUGAUGGUGCAGACGCCGCGGCUAUGCGAGGACGUGGCGUUCAGGCCGCCCAAGCCGGCGCGGGCGCACCCCAUCAGCUGCCGGCUGAUCGUCGGCACGGAGGCCGAGGCGGCGGCGUGGCACCGGAUGAAGACGCUCGAGGCCGAGGCGGCGAUGCUCGGCCAGCAGGGCGAGCAGGGCGAACAUCAACAGCAGCAGCACGAGGAGGAGGGAGGCGUUCCGGCGUCGAGAGACUACAAGGGCAUCACGAUCGGCGGGGUCAUGAUCGGCAGCCAGCAGCGGAUCGGGGUGGGCGAGGACGGCGCGCCGGCGGUGCACCUCAAGCCGCCGCGCGGGUUCGCGUCGGCGGCCAAGCUGGCUGGCGCGGCGGGUAACAACGACAACAACAACAACAGGCAGGUGGAGGUGGUGCUGGCGCGGGCGUGGAGCAAGGCCGAGGGCGGCAGGGUCGAGUUCAAGACGGACGAGGAGCUGCAGCGGCUGGACCUGAACCCCGAGACGAUCGAGCAGCUGCGGGAGGAGCUCAAGGCGCUCGCGGGCGACAAGGGCUGGAAGCUCGAGAUCGUCGAGGUGCCGGGCCAGCAGGCGGAGAUCCGGGGCAUCGUGGAGACGGACGAGGACGAUCCGGACUUGGCGGGAGGGGCGCAGGUACAGGAAGGGAAGGGGCAGGGACAGGGACAGGGACUGGGACAGGCUGGUGGUGAGGAGGGCGGUGGUGCCAAGGCGAAGAAGGCCAAGGGGAAGGCCAAGGGGAGCAAUAACAAUCGACAGCAGCAACAGCAGCAGCAGCAGAAGCAGCAGCAGCAGGAUGAGGGUGACGAUGACGACGCUGGCAGCGAGGAGAAGUUCUUCAAGGAGGAGCUCUGA